CUUUCCAAAAAGGAAAAAAAUGAGUUACAUGCAUAUUAGCCAAUAGCCAUGGUUCAAAACGACACCGUGACUCUGUUUUCCUUUUCUCCUUUCUUCGAUGAAUCGUCUCCUAUUCGUUAAUCCAACGAGAUUCCAUACUCUGCUCCCUUAUCCGCUGGGAAAGCAAGCAAGUGUGCUCCAGUCAAAUACUAUGCUUUCCUCGAUUCACUAUCCCACUGGCUCAUUUCUGUUUCUCCUGCCCUCAUCACCAAAACAUGGACAUCGUGGUUCGAGGGAGGCACAUUCGAGAACUGGGUUAUGUAAUAUUGCGAGCAAACCAAGACCAAGAGCAAUGAUCUCUGCGACCCAGGAAGGCAACCCUGAAGUGGGUCUUCAAGUUGGCGAGCGGCUUUAUCUUGGGAUGGAUUUUGGCACGUCAGGUGCGAGGUUUGCGCUCAUCGACAAGCGAGGAACCAUCCACGCCGAAGGGACGAGGGAGUAUCCGCCGUAUAAGAGCAAAGAAACAAUGGAUUGGAUACGUUCUUGGAAAUCGACACUUUUCUUGCUGCUUGAAGACAUUCCACUUCAUCUUCGCAAACUUGUUGUUUCCAUUUCUCUUGAUGGGACUUCUGCGACUACUAUAAUUGUGGACAGCACAACUGGAGAACCAUUAUGGAGACCUUUGCUCUACAAUGAGAGUUGUUCUGAUGCUUUACCGACAGUAAAAUCUAUUGCUCCUGCAAACCAUACAGUUUGCACUGGUUCCUCGACUUUGUGCAAGCUCGUCUCCUGGUGGAACAUGGUCGAUUCAGAUAAAAAACUUGCAACAUUGUUGCAUCAAGCGGAUUGGCUUUUAUGGCUUCUUCAUGGAAAUCUCGGAGUGACUGAUUACAAUAAUGCUCUGAAGGUUGGCUAUGAUCCUGAACUUGACUCUUAUCCACAUUGGUUGCUCGCGCAGCCCUAUUCUCAAUUUUUACCAUCUGUUAAAGCUCCUGGAACUCCAAUUGGGUUUUUGAAAGAGAACGUUAAAACAAAAUAUGGUUUUCCAAAGGAUUGUGUUGUAUGCACAGGAACCACAGAUAGUAUAGCAGCUUUUCUUGCAGCUCAGGCAACACAACCGGGGAAAGCUGUCACUUCUUUGGGUUCAACCCUUGCUGUCAAGCUACUAAGCACCAGUAGGAUCGACGAUGCACGAUAUGGGGUGUACAGUCAUCGUCUUGAUGAUAAGUGGCUAGUUGGAGGUGCUUCAAAUACCGGUGGAGCUGUUCUCCGACAAAUUUUUACUGAUGAGCAGUUAGAGCACUUAAGUGAACAGAUUGAUCCCAUGAAAACGUCUCCACUAGACUACUACCCUCUGCCAACUGUGGGAGAGAGAUUUCCUGUGGCAGAUCCAAAUAUGGCUCCUAGGUUACAUCCACGACCAAAGAGUGAUGUGGACUAUUUGCACGGGAUUUUAGAAUCAAUUGCCCGCAUCGAGGCAAAUGCUUAUGGGUUGCUGAAGGAUCUAGGAGCAACCCAAGUUGAAGAAGUGUUCACGGCUGGAGGUGGUGCAAAGAAUGCCAAAUGGAUCAAGAUACGUCAGAGAGUGCUUGGUUUGCCUGUGAGUCCCGCGAUUCAGACACAAGCUGCGUAUGGAGCUGCUUUGUUGGCGUUGAAGGGCGCUCAACAAUGCGUCCAAGGAGUAUAGGAGUACUCUAUAUUUGGGUUGAAGCCCAUGGAGGCAGAAAGCAAACUUUCAGCGAUGAAUCAUGUGUGGCACCAAUUUAUUGUAUAAUUAUUUUAAACAGCAGCCGGUUUUAUUUUCUACGCCA